CGGUGCUGAUGGGCGAGUGUCUGGGCGGAGCCCUGUAUACCGAGGACUUCAAGCGCCUGUGCCAGCGCGUCGGCUUUAUGGAUGCCCGGCAGGUCAGUGCUCCUGCGCCUGUGCGGAUUGAGUCCCCCGAAUUGCGAGAUCUGGUGGGCGCCACGCAGUUCUACAGCAUCACGUUCCGGCUGUUCAAGUUCUCCCGGCCGGCUGCGGAUCCUGGAGCCCACCCGCGAGGACUACGGGCAGGUGGCCAUCUACCGGGGCACUAUCGAGGGCCAGCGCGCGCGCAUGCGCUUCGACAACGAGUGGGCGUUUGAGGCACAGCGACCGGUUGCUUAGUGGACGGCAACACGGCAACGAUGCUGGGCGAGUCGUGGCUGCGUAGGCACUUUGAGGUGCGCGGGGACCGGUCGAAGCACUUUGGCGGGUUCAAGGCCAUGCCGCCCGAGGUGCAGUAUGAGCCGUGGGAGGUCGAC